AUGUUCGUGGUCAAUAAAUUACAGCAGCGCAUCACAAGAAGCUCAAAUGUCGAGCUUCAGGAAAACCCCAGCAAUGUUAACCAAAAUAAGGACAUAGAAACACUGGAGCGCAUCUCAGACUCGCUUUCAAUAGCAUCACGUUCACAGCCGGCUUUGCGCGCCAGCCGGAUUGCGCGAUUGAUCUCCGAGUGUCCCCAGACUCGGGUAGUAUGUGGCCAGUCCUCAGGUCUUCAUACGUCUAGUCCAGUCAUAACAGAUCUAUCUUGGAUUGUGGCCGCUAGGGCUGCCGUUCAAACAUUUGGAUUAGUCUUGGAGUCGCUUUCGGAAAACACCCUCGCCAUCACUGAUGAGCUCACUUACUGGGACAGUCUUCAGGAAUCUGAAUGGUACAUGGGGCUGUAUACUGCGCAGACAUUCCCUGUGUGGCUCUGGCACAAGCUUGGACAUCAAUCCUCUGCCUGGUUGUCCCCCGGAAUAUGGACUCAAGCAAUUCUCACAUCAAAUGCAUGGCAUCAUUUCCACCACUCCGCCCGUCGGCGUGUAUUCUCUACGACAAUGUCUACUCUGCGAAAGGGAUUACUGCAUCCACUUCUAGCAUCCAAGUUAGAGGUACGCCAGAAACGGAAAAUGCUGCAUGUGGCCAAAGAUGUCAAUGCCGGUGCACUGGGAUUCCUGGUGGAACGAUGCCUUCAGAUUGACCUUGAUGACGAUCUCAUAGGCACACAUGGUGACAGCUCUGUUAGUGAUGAAUGGUGCAGUAAGAUUAUUGACAGUGUGACUUUGUUGGGAUUAGUACUGCAGCAUCUGGCCUCUGGCGGCACACUUCAUGAAUUUGAACUCAAGACUACUGCGGCCGCCGAGAAAGAGGGCUCGUUGCUUCACGUGCAUUCUGACGGACCUGUGUGUCCUAAAGGACCUUACUAUGUUAUUGGAAAACUCGACCAAAUAAACCAGACAUUGAUUCCACAGUACCUUGCGCUUACACAAAAAAGUACCAGUGGGCUUGGGCGACCUUCAUUCAUAGUGCGUUACUGGCUCCCAUUUCUACUGGCGACCUUGUCAACCAGUACAAUUCUCGAGAUAUUCAAGGCCCGGCGCCAUGAAAUCCUGGGGUGGAUCACAGAUAUCGGAUCCACUACAAUCGAGUUCUGGAACAACUGGGUCGUGGACCCACUGAAGCGACUCGUUGGUACAAUAAGACACGAUGAGAAGAGCGAAAUUGCGUUAAUGAGCAAGAACAGUCUUGAAGCAGAUCGGGCUAGUUUGGAAAGAAUGGUGGUAGAUUUCGUCCUAGACCAUCGUGAGCCCAGCGAUGAGUCUCUCGCAUCCGCAGAAAUGAACACAAUCAUGAACAAAGUCAGGGAAGGUGAUCUCACACCGGUAUUGAGGGCAUAUGAGAAGGAUUUACGAACUCCAUUCAUUGGAACUAUUCGAGGUGACUUAGUACGAGCCCUCCUGAUACAGAUACAGAAGACAAAGGUGGAUGUCGAGGUUGCUAUUGGGGGCAUUGAUGCUUUGCUGAGGAGCCAGGAGCUGGUGUUUGGUUUCGUUGGAUUGACCCCUGGUCUAUUGGUGUCGUAUGCCUCCGUUCAUUGGCUCUUUGGCAUGUUUGGCAGCAGGAAGGGCUUGCGCCUUGGUCGGCGGCAGCAUGAAUUAAGGCACGCACUGAGGUUAGUACGCUAUCUCGGCGAAGUCGAUGACGAGUCUAAUGAGGCCCAAUCCAGACAAGUUCACCGUAACCUAACUUUAUCGACUGUGACGGCCAGCGGAACCCUAGCCUUCAAAGACUACGGUCUGCUAAUAUGCAACACCGAGAUUUUACUUCAAAAAGCACAAGCCAUGCUUAGAGGGGCUGACAUCCAUGCCUUCCAGGAAGACAUUAAUGACAUCAUCAGCAAAAGAAGCGCGCAAAAACAAAUUAAGGUUGUUGAACGGAUGGGUUGGGUUUAUUCCCGAUGGUUGUAA